GGAAUGGUGUAACCUCAAUGCGCACUGGAGUAGGGCAGAACAGAGCUUUCGAAGAUAACACGACUGAAAAACCUAAACAAGGGAUAAAAAAAAACACGAUCGAGGAGGCGAAGGAACCUUACUAUCUCCCAUCCAAAGAGGGCGUCUGUUUGACCAGCUUCUUACAAUGUCUCUUCUGAUGUUGGAGUAAAAAAGAAGUAUUGGAAUCUACAAAUUGUGACACUAAACGCAAUGAAGCUCUUAAUGUCCGUUUGUCUUCUCAUUGUCCUUUUGAGCCUGUCCUCUUGGGCCAAAGAUGUCAUUCCCGUACCCCAGCAAGUGAGCCUGUCUGCUGACUCGAACACUCAGCAAGUGUCUAUUUCCUGGUUUGGAGGAGAAGCGAUGACCUUUGACCUCCUGAUUCUACGAACUGAACUCAAUGAUACCGUUUUCUAUGAAACUCUCACUGUGGCUGCAGAGGCCAGUGGUCGACACAAGUUCAUUUGGACAUCCGUGGAGCCCCUGGAGUGCACCUCAUUGUCCUUCAGGGUCCGGGCCAGAAGUGGUCAGCUGACCAGCGAGUGGAGCAACACAGAGAUACUUCUAGGAAAUGAUCGUCCCACCAAUGACUUAAUGCAAGCUUAUCCCCAGGACAAGGCUGUGCUUGCAGGGUCCAACAUUACCUUCUGUUGUAUAAUCGGAGAAGGCAAGUCAUUUAACAGUUUCCACUUUAAUUCAGAAACUAUCAAUGAGACUCGCCUGAGCAGACGCACCUACGCCGCUACAAUCUACAACGUCAAGCCUUCCCCCCCUUAUGGACACAACGCCUACUGCAAAGGAAAGACUAAUUCUGAGCUCAUUGGGACUGUGCUCUUUGUUGGAUAUCCUCCACUUUUCACUGACUUGAUUUGUGAAACUCAUGAUCUCACAUCUGCUGUUUGCCACUGGACAGAGCCACGAAAAACACACAUGCUGGGCAAACGGCAAACUCGCUACUCCAUCAAUGGGAGAAACUGUUCAGUGGUCCGCUUGGAGCAGAACCGAAAGCAGUGUAGUGUUCCAGUUUGGGAGAAUAACUGGAAACUGUUGGCCUGGAACCUUCUGGGAGAGUACAGUCUGACCGACACCGCUGAUGUCCGCUCCAGAGUCGUCCCUCUGCCACCAGAAGAGCUCAGCACAGUGGCCAGUGCUCGUAAUGCUACGGUGACGUGGCAGUGGAAACACAAUCACUAUGUUUCGCUCCCUCUUGUUUGUCAAGUAGAGCUCACGUCCAGAGAUGACAAAACAAAGCGUACCUUCUCUGGAGUGGGUUUGCGGUCUGCUGUGCUGUUGGACUUGUAUCCUUACGAAGAGUACAGCGUUAAAGUCCGCUGCGGAGCUCAGCAGAAUUUCUGGAGGUGGGGAAACUGGAGCAAAACUAUUUCCUUCCGAACUGAUAGUGAUAUUCCAAGCGCUCCUGAUGUGUGGAUAUGGAUGAACGGAGACACAACUGGACAGGUUUUAUGGAAGCCUUAUGAACCAAGAAAGAGCCAUGGUCCCAUUGUCAGUUAUGAGGUGACUCUGUGGAGCCCCGAUGACAACACCCGGCACACUCAAAUGGUUGCCCCAGAGAUGUUUACGAUACCUGUCAACCUCUCAACAACCUUCAACAACAUCACCAAGGUGAUCGCAAGCGUUGUCGCCAAGAAUCCAGCUGGGCCCUCACCACCUGCCAGUGUAGACCUACCUCUACAUGUUAAAGAUCUGGAUCCAGAAGCUAUCACCAAAGCAGAUUUCAGAGAGGGGGCGUUUCCUCUGUCCUGGCAGAGUGAUGCCAACAGUAGCUGUGGUUAUGUUGUGGAGUGGUAUGAGGCCUCGUGCCAGCGCAACUGUCCUGUAGAGUGGAUUAAAGUGGGAGAAGAAAUCACCAACGUGUCCAUCAAAUCAGAUGCCUUUGAGCCAGGUGUGAGAUAUUACUUGUCAGUUUACAGCUGCUCAUCAGAAGCCCCAGAGUUACUAAAGCGAUGGCAAGGGUACACACAAGAGCUGACUCCUUCCAGUUCUGUACAGCUAUCAACCAAACAAGAGGAUUCAGAUAUUGUAAUCUCAUGGAGUGAAAUCCCGUCAACCCACCACAGAGGUUUCCUCCUCGGAUACAAUGUUUACUUGAAUAAUGGCUCCCAACUCACACCACUUGCAUCAUUAUCAAGCCAAGAAAACAGUUAUACAGUAAAAGGCUUUCCUCUAGGCAGCUAUAAGUUUACUGUGAAGGCAUUUACAUCGGCGGGGGAGGACACUGGAGGGACGGCUUCAAUCACACUAGAAUCAUCUGCUGAUUGGCUGAUUUUGGAAAUUCUGGCCACCCUUGGAGUCACCUCUUUAGCCCUCAUAAUUGUAACAUUUGUGUGCUACAAGAAAAGGAAAUGGGUGAAAGGCGCAUUUUAUCCAGAUAUACCAGAGCCCAAAUUGCCCAGUGAUUGGUCCACACCACGGGGGACACUGGAUGUAAAACCUUCCCCACAUAGUAUGGUUCAUAUUGUGGAAAAACCUGAGUGGGACUCCAGUAAAGAGGUUCUUGUGGUUAUACCUGAAGAAGACGAGGAUGACGAAGGCCAUGGUAUCCGCGAUGAACCAGUCGACACCGAUGAACCAACGUCUCUACGUUAUUACAACCAAGUGGUAGACGACCGACCUAUAAGACCGCGUUACCCAGACUCCUCUGCUUCCUCUGCAUCAUCAAUGGAUUCUGGCCGCACAGAUGUGACUUACACUGGUAUUCAGACAUCUGGAUCAUCUUUGGUCUUCCAGUCUGAUUCACAAAGCUCCUCCGACCAGCCCCAUGUUGUCCCAGUGAGCGGUGGGGGGGCGGGUGGAGGUUAUAGGCCUCAAAUGCAACUUCCACCUGAAACUGACAAUACUAGCUUAACUCAGCCUCAGUCAUUACCAGAAUCGCAAAUGAGCAGUUCAAGUGGGUACAGACCUCAAAACAACUGGCAGCUGGACUCUCCCGAUGAGGCAGAUGAACGUCGAAGUCUCGCCCCCUCUUUGGGAUCCCCCACUUCUAUUGCCUCCACUCAGUUCCUACUUCCAGACCAGUCCUCAGAUGAACCAGCUGAGGAGAAGCACCAGUCCUCCGCAGCAUCUUGGCUCUCUAACUUGUUAUCAACCACAAAACCAUGAUUUAUUUUUUAAACUAACACCCAAUUACAAUAACAGGUCCCCCUAAUGUAGCAAUCUCUUUAAAAUUGCACUUUGAAGGAUGUAAACAAAUGGGUUAUUCAAUGAAAGCACUACAAUGAAUUUUACGACAGAAAUUCAAAUGUAGAUCCCUGUUAUAUUUUUUUGAUGUAUCUUCUGUAUUUUGUUCUCACUCUUAUCACAUCUGAAUUGACUGGAAAUGAGAGAAACUGUAUAUAAACUAUGCAGGAUUCACUCGUAACAAAGGGACGGUAAUAGGGUAUUGAUAGUUUGCAGUGACGUCAUGCUGGGGGUGUUGUAUAAUGCAUUUCUAUUAGCCGAAUGUUCAGCGGUUUCCAUGGUGACACAAUGCACACAUUAGCAAACAUAGACAAAAAAGUUUUAAGACCAUUUGAAAACUUAAAAAAAAAAUACAAAAUGGAGUUAAAGAGCGCAUUUUCAGGAUCAAUACAACCAUUCAUGGUCCUGUUUAGGUGUUUGAGUUUCAACAAAAAGGCGAGAGUGAUUAAACUGUCUCAUCAUUUCAACAUUUUCAAUCAGCUAUUUCUGGUUUGAUCGUGUUUAAAAUAAAGAUCAGAUUAAGUCUAACUUGAGUACAGCGCUUCUAACAGGGUAGUGCUUUCACCUAGCAUCACACCCCCAGAGAACGUUGAUGAUUUCAGCUGCAAAGUAUCAGUAUAGCUGUUUCCCUUUUUACGUUUAAUUCUGUGUAUUUUUAAGAUGAUAUAUAAGCUACUGAAUGAUUGGUUUGCAAAAUGAAUCUGUUGGUUACUGCAGUCAACUGGUGCUCAAUCGUAUCUGGAAUGAGUGGUGAACCCGGUGCCCCUCGUUGAAUAAGCUACUCACUAAACUCAAAUGUUUUGUUUUUGUAAUUUUGUCUUCCGUGAGAUUUCAUUUUUUUAUAAUUAUAUUUUUGUGUUAUUUCAAAUUCAGGCCAGUGUUCAACUCUGAUAUGCACUUUCUCUAGUAUUACCCCACAAUACACUGAAAAUCUGUCUAAUUUGCCUUAUGAUACACAAUGCUUCCAGCUAUUACUCUUUUAUUUGAUGGCUUCCUCUUACUCUUAUGUUACUGAAAAUAAAAUGUUACAUAGAUUGUUAAGAUGACAGAGAGAAGCUUAUGAAUGUUUAACGACUUCUCUCAGCAUUUUCUUUUUUCUGACAAAUCAAAAUCUGUGCGAGGUUUAGAGUGACCAAGAAUUGCUUUUCAGGCAACUUUCAUUAAUAUUUAGAUUAAUUUCUGUUAUGCUCAGAUAUUUCAAACAAUUUACAUGAGCUAUCACAAAGUUGUCAUAAUGAACUGGUCUAGCUGUCUCAAAUUAUAUUUUUUCCCAUUGGUUUUGGUUAGACUCUUGCCAGCGAAGAAGCUUUAAACUACUGUGAUGUGAAAGGUGACGGCAGUAACAGUAGCUGCACUGGUAACUGACUGGCAGGGACACAGCCUUGACUACUGAAACGAUGUAUCUCCUUUUAGGUCAAAUGGUUCCUAUAACGCUGAUCUUUAUGAGAAUGACGAAUGCAAUGUAAAAUUCUCGCUCGUGAGUAGUUUAAAGAUUCACAGUGUAACUUUUCUCCAUGGAGAUGUUAUUGCUUUCCACAGUAUGACAUUAAAUCUGUCUAGCUAUCUUUUAUUUUGUCACAGGUGGUUUUAUUCAAAUAUAUCUUGAAAACCUUAAAGUCUUCAGCCCUAUUUGCACGGGAUUACCUGUGGAUCUUUGGUGAUUUGUAAUAAUUGUGAAGGAUUCCUGAGAUCUUAAUCCAGUGCGAAUGGGCCAUGUCUGUAAUUUGUAAAUAAAAAAUUCAGGUGCAAAUUACCUACUGUUUUUCGCCUAACCGAAGUCCUGUACGAAUCUGCAUCUCAGUGUUUGUUGUUGUAAUUGUGCCUCUUUUCUGUCUCUUUUCUCUUUCAAUCUCAGUCUGUCAGUAAAAUAGACUCAUUUACAAACUUUGCUUAUCCCGUGCGAAUGUGCUGCGAGUAACACAGACAUAGGGUGGUAAUUUGCAGAUUACCACACAUCCCCAGGUUGUGUGAAUAGGGCUUUACUGUCUGUGUGCGGUCACAUUUCCACAGAUCUGACCUAAAACACCACCUGCUUGUCUCUUUGAAGAUAGCUGUAAUUCGAAUGUCCCACAGUAUGGUAUUAAUCAAAGUUAUAACAUCUCCUAGGUGGCAGACUUCACCAGAAAAAUUACUGUGUGAAUCUUUAAAUUAGUUUAGUGGUUGCAGUGAGAUUUGAUUGGUUUUGUGUACAUAAGAAUUAGUUGUUGCAGAUUUCUUUUUCUUCAAUGCCUUGCCUUGGAGAUUUCUAUAUGAACGCUGUGUGUUACAGGAUAUAUGCUUUUAUGUUGAUUUAGAUCAACCCUUUUUAUUUUUGUGUGUGAACUGUUCUUGCAAUUUGAAGUUCACUCAAUGCAUUUAACUUGUAAUCCACUAAUGUAUCAACACUAACAUUGUAAAAAUAAGUGGAUAAUGAAUUGUCACAUAGAAUGUAUUAAUGAAACUCUUAUUAAAUCAACAGUCAAGUGUAAAUGGUCUUUAUAAAAUGUUGUGAGAUGUACUAGAGUUCUGAUAUUGAUACUUUGCAGUGGCAUCACACUGGGGGUGUUCUACAUAUAGCUCUAUCGGCAGAGUUACCAUCGUGGCACACAUUAGCAAACACUGUCAAAAUGUUUUUAGACUGUCUGAAAACUUACACAGAAAUACAAAAUGAAUUUAAACACCACAUUUUCAGGAGCCUGUGAUCAAUAUGAAUGUUCAUGGUCCUGUUUAGUUGUUUGAUUUUCCACAAAAAAAAAAGAUGAAAGUGACUAAAUAUAACUUGCUUGUGCCCCUAAUUUUACGCGUGAGACACUUGUAUAAGUGCACAAAUCAUUUCAUGUGUUGUAAUUCAACCCAUGUCAGCCUUUUCUGGUCAGAUUGUGUUAAAAUAAAAUUCAGAUUAAGCCUAAUUUGAGUAACAGAGCUUCAGACAGAACAGUGCUUUCAAUUAGCUUCACACCCCCAGGGAGCAUUGAUCAGCUGUAAAGUAUUAAUUGGGAAGUUAAACCUAUACUCUUGUCACAGCUGUAUUACAUUGCUACAUUGUGUAUUAGAUAAGGCCAGAGUAUCAACCAAUCACAAUUCACAUAAUCACCACACAAGUUAAUACAAAUCAUGUUUUCUGUAAAUGCAACCACCUGUGACUUCUGAAACAUCUUGGCAUACUUUUCCUCUGACCUCUUUGAUUUUUUGCUAAUCUGAUGCAUGCUAUAGUCUAUUAGGCAAUAUUACUGGCUUAGACCACUGCUUUUACCAUAUUGUUUAUACUUCAUACUUAGCUUUAAGCACUAACUCUGGACAACUGUGCAUGACAAUGUGAAUAGUAUAUGACAUGCCAGAAGAAAGCUUUAAACUGCUAACUCUCAUACUUGCUACCUGUUGCUGCAAUAAAGUUAUUUCUCUGAA